GUUGAGCAGAGCACAUUCAGAGCUCACCUGUCUCACCUGUCUCAUCAGUCACACAGUCAGUGUGCGUGACUGAAUGCCAGAUUGUUGCUGAAUUGUCAUUAAAGUAUGAUUUGCACAGAUGGAUGGAGUGUUCACGGCCGGUGAGCGCAGUGCAGCGGCGCCGGGUGGAAACCUGAGGCCCCGCAGCGAAAGCUUUACCGGAGAGCCCAGACACACAGCCAUCCAACGUUAAAGAUCAAAGGUGAGAGACGAUCUGAGCCGCGAUCCCUCCCAACAGGGGUAACACCACUGGAUGAGGGUGCGUCUGAGAGAUGAGAUGUGUCCAUCCUCCAGCUGGGAGGAUUUUCCUGGAUGGCACAGUAUUUUAGAGGUGAUGCUCAAACCCCUCCCCUACCCAUCUGGUCCAAGCCUGUCACCAGUAAUACAUCACGUUAAUGAAAUGGCAGCAGCCCAAUGCUAUCUGUCAUAAGCAAUCUGCAUCUGCUCAGGGACUGAACGGAAAUGAGGAAGACGGGUAAAAAGACAGGGGAUGGCAAAGAGACUUUGUGUCCCCCGAGCAGGUGCCAUCAUGUUUAUGUGUGUGGAGAAAACAGCCACAGCAGGCCGCCUUAUCUCUCAUCUCUACUGGACCAAAUAGGAGGAUGAGUAACUGCUGUCAAGAUCCAGAUGAACUUCAGCACAAAUGCCCAUUGCAGCAGUCGCACUAGCAAAGAAAACAUUCCAACUUCAAGCAAAGUAGAAGCACCACAGGCCCAGCGAGCCAAGCAGCGGACAGCCUUCGGUGUGUUGUCAGAAAACGAGCUACGUGGUCGAUCCCUCAGCCAGGGAAGCCAAUUUUCCAAACACAGUUCAAUCACGGACAGCUCCCAGCUCGCCUUCCUUGGCCGCCCCUCCAGCUCCUGCUAUGAUGUGUAUGUCGAGGAGGCUCGUGAAGUUGUUCUUGAGGCUUCUGGUCAAGAAGUGGUGACAGACAGCUAUUACCUAGACAGCAAAACCGCUGCCAUGCAAAAUGAAGAUUUGAGGCUCCUGCUGGAACUGAGUUCAAGUUCAUGCCAGGAUGCUUCUAUGCAGUCUGAAGCAGAUCAAUCCCUGAUGUCAGAGGAGGUGCUGUGUGUUUCCGAGUAUGCAGAGGAAAUUCACCUCCACUUGAGAGACAGUGAAAUGAGGUCCAGGCCGAGGCCAGGCUUCUUAGAGAAACACCCAGAGAUCACCAACGGCAUGCGGGUCAUCCUGGUGGACUGGCUGGUGGAAGUCGUCGAGGAAUACAAGCUGCGUUCUGAAACUCUGCAUCUCGCCGUCAACUAUUUAGACCGCUUUCUCUCCGGCACGGCAUUCGUGAAACGGGGGAAGCUGCAGCUGGUCGGCACGGCUGCGUUGAUGAUUGCUGCAAAAUAUGAGGAGAUCUCCCCUCCUGAGCUCAACGAGUUUGUGUACACCACCGACAGCACCUACUCCAAGAAGCAGCUGGUCCGGAUGGAGCACGUUUUCCUCAGAGUGCUGGCUUUCAAGAUGGCAGCCCCCACCACAAACCAGUUCCUUCGCCUUUUCAUGUCCGUCCACUCUGUCUGCACAAGCACAGAGAACCUCGCCCUGUAUGUAGCAGAGUUAAGCCUGCUGGAAAUUGAUCCAUUCCUACGGUACACCCCAUCUAUAGUGGCAGCUGGAGCCUACUGCCUAGCCAUUUACACUGUAAAUAAAUCUCUCUGGCCUGAUUCCUUACAUGCCUUUACCGGUUAUGCCACGGCUGAAAUUAUGCCUUGCAUGACUGACCUCCACAAGCUAUACAUCAGUGCAGAGAGUCGCCCACAACAGGCCAUCAGGGAAAAGUAUAAGAGUUCAAAGUAUUGUCGUGUUUCACUGAUCACUGCACCUGCUGUUCUGCCGUUCCUUCCCUAUGAAUAAAUGCCCAACCCUUCUUUGACGCUACUGCCAGAACAUAAUUAGAUUGAGAACAAAACGAGCACAGCUGAUUCAACAGCCAAUCCCAUUUACAGUAUGCCACACUCAUCAGUCUGGACACCUUAAUUACCGUGAGAUUUUCUUUCAUAUAGUUUAUGUAAAUAAACAAUAAAUUAUUUUUAAUAAAACCUA